CGGGCCCGCCCCGGGCGCCGCGCCCCGGCCAUGGCGGCGGGCGGCGGCGGGGCCUGCUUCGUGCUGGGCGCCUCGGGGGAGACGGGCCGGGCGCUGCUGCGGGAGCUGCUGGCUCGGCGGCUCUUCGCCAGGGUGACGCUGAUCGGGAGGCGCCGGCUGAGCCUGGGCGAGGACACGGCGGGGACCGUGGAGCAGGAGGUGGUGGACUUCGAGCGGCUGGGCGAGCACGCUGCCGCCUUCCAGGGACACGACGUCGGCUUCUGCUGCCUGGGCACCACCAGGGCCAAGGCCGGCGAGGCUGGCUUUGUCCGCGUGGACCGGGACUACGUGGCGCAGGCGGCGGAGCUGGCGCGAGUGGGCGGCUGCAAACACUUCGUCCUGCAGUCCUCGCAGGGGGCAAACCGGAGCAGCCGCUUCCUCUACCUCCGCGUGAAGGGAGAAGUGGAGAACCUGGUCCAGGCUGUUGGUUUUGACCGUUGUACCAUUCUCCGGCCAGCGGUGCUGCUGUGCAAGCGCCAGGAGUCCCGGCCCGGCGAGUGGAUAGCCCAGAAGUUUCUGGGUCUUGUGGCUCGGGUCUUCCCCACCGCUUACUCGGUGCCUGUGGAAACGGUGGCCAGGGCUAUGGUGGCCAUUGUGCUGCAGCCAGGCGAGGGGAAGGUGGAGGUUCUGGAGAACAGGGCCAUCCACGAGCUGGGAAAGGCAGUGCCACAGCAGAGCACGUAGAGCAAAAGGGAUGGGCAGGAAUGGGCUUGAUUCAGAUGCUCUUCUGGGCCGAGGACGAAUGCACACGUGGGAGAGGAGGGGGGUGCUUGCAUGGCUAAUGUGGAGAUAGAGGUGCAUUUGUUUGGAUGGCAGCUGAUUCUGUCCAAUGAUUAAAAAAAUGCAGGUGCUGGCUGGCAGGUGAGGAAAAAGCCUGGAUCCAGCACGCAAAUCUGGGUAAAGAUUAUGUAACCCAGGCAAUUUCUUGAAUUCAAGCCUUAAAUAAAAUCCUAUGACUGGUCUGUUUGUGCCAA